AUGUCAAUGUCUCUUCAGGACUUGUCAAGCACCCAUGAGCCCAAUAGCGAUACACGGACCCAUCUCCCCAAAAUCUCAAAAUCCAGGGUUGAUGCACCGGGCUUGCCAUCCUUGGCCAGUUUUAUGGCAAGCGACCCAGAUGGGACGGCUUCAAUCUUCAAACGUUUCAAUCGCCUCGCAGCCAGGAACUUGCUUGCUCUCCAAAGUGAACUUGCGGAGUUGCAGUCUCGCUUAGACAGGUAUGACGAAGAAGACAAGCUUACCGCCGAGACAAUGCAGUCCCUUCGCAACUGGCAAGACUACAAGGCGAGGGCGGCAGACCAGCCAGAACGGAUGGAGUUGAUGUCGGAAAUAAAGAGUGUGAUGAAGGAGUAUCGCGAGGCACUGCUUUGUGAGCACAGACUUGCAUGCAUCCAGCCUCCGGAGCGGAAGACCUUGAAGGCAUUCAGGUCAACAUUCUACACCGAUGGCCCCGGCUUUAGAGAGCCUUUUCCACUCCUGGGUGGAUCUAGUGCAUCUCUUUACGAUGAUUCCAAUGACUUAGUCGCUCUGCAGUCCGUUUCCAGUCCGGACAGACUCACUACCUUCGUCCAGAACCAGUUUGGAUUCCUCUUCCAGGAGAACGUCCAUGACAAUGGUUCCGGUGUGCCGACGGUGGCCUACGCAUCUGCUAGAAAGCUUGCGACCUUCAUUACAUACUUGAGUACAUUUCUCGCCACUUUACUCCUCUUCGGCGCCAUCUUGAUACUCUACAAAGCAAAGUCAGACAGCGUGAAGUUGGGACUCAUCGCUCUAUUCACCUUACUCUUUGCCGCUAGCAUCGGUCUACUCACGAACGGGAAGAGAUCAGAGGUGUUUGCAUCAACGGCAGCGUAUGCUGCGGUGUUGGUAGUGUUUGUCAGUGGAGAUUUAGGAAGUUCGAAAGGCUGA